ACUUCUCUCCCAAACCCUUUAACACUGAUUUUUGCCGGAAAAGAUUCUUCUUUUUUUCUCCUAUCAACAUCUCAAUGGCUUCUGCUUGCGUUAAAAGUGCCGGUGUUUCGCCGGAGAAGUACUCGUCGUACGGAUGGACCAGCCCUCGAAUGUCUUUAACCCGAGAAGACAACAACACACGCUCUUCCUCCGUCGACAAGCAACAAUCUGACCCAUUACCGGAAAACCAAGAUCCAGUUGUGGAUUUCGAGUUUUGUCUCGAAGAUCCGGUCACAAUGCUCUCCGCCGAUGAGCUCUUCUCCGACGGAAAGCUCGUACCUUUGAAGUUCUCUGGCUCCAAGACGACGACGGUCAACACGACUACCACCGAACCAAAAGGAUCACCGGAGGUUCUUAAAUCUUGCCGGAGACUUGAGAUGGAGAUCUCUGACCUCUUCUCUCCUAAAGCUCCUCGUUGUACGACUCGAUGGAAAGAGCUUUUAGGUCUCAAGAGACUUGUCAACGCCAAAGCACAAGAAUCUGUUAAAGCUUCUUCACCAUCGUCUUCACCCACAAACGCAAAAACGUCGUCGUUUAAGCAAUUUCUUCACCGGGGAUCUAAAUCUUCCACCGCCGCCGCAUCGUCCCCGUUGCAAAAAGAAUCAGAUAUCUCCGAAUCAAUCUCAAUCGCAUCUUCACGUCUCUCACUUUCUUCAUCGUCUUCCUCUAGCCACGAGAUCGAUGACCUUCCAAGACUCUCGCUUGAUCUCGAUAAACCAAGUCCUAAUCCCUUUGCUCCGUCGCGGACUCACUCACGAAACCUUAACCAACCAAGAAUCAGAUUAGCUAAACCAAGACGGAAUCAUCCACCGUCGACGCCUUCCGUUGACGGAUCAUCAUCGUCAUCGGCGAACAUCGAAUCUCGAGGACUCACUGUGACGGCGGAUAGUCCGAGACUUAACGCCUCCGGUAAAAUCGUGUUUCAUGGACUUGAAAGAAGCUCGAGUAGUCCCGGAAGCUUCACCGGUGGACCUAGAAUGAAGCAGCACCAUGGAAUGCCGAGAUCGUACUCUGCGAAUGUCAGAAUCACGCCGGUGCUUAAUGUUCCGGUAUGUUCGUUAAAAUCAGGGCUUUUCUUCGGUCAGCUCUUCUCAUCGUCGUCGUCAUCUUCGUCUUCAUCGUCAUCUUCUCCGUCUCCGGGGAACAAAUCUCAGUUACAGAGCAACAGCAGCAAGAACCGGAUUAAUCGAACCAGGCUUGAACCGAAAUUCGAAUAAUUAGAGAAGUAAACCGGAUUGAGUCAGCAGGUAAACCGCUAUGAUUUUUUAGGCAGAUUGACGCUUUUGUUUUUCUUGGGGUUGUUUUGUAAACUGAAGUUAAAUUUGGGGACAUAAUAUGUAAAUACGGUUUAACAAUUUCAUUUCUCGGUUUAUCGCAUUAAUCACAGUCUCUAACUUAAUUUCAUAACCUCAUCGAUUGCGUCAUUGAUUUUACUCGGAAAGACCAAACAGCAAUAAAAAUAUACUUCUCUG